AAUAUCACCUGGGACACACACGCAGAAGAAACCACACGCACACACACACACAAGUCAGUAAGAGGAGAGAGGAACGAGAGAGGAGACAGACGGACAAAUUCAACACAAAGAGAGAAGAGACGGUGAGAGCAGACAGCUGACAAAAUGUCGAUGACAGAUCUGUUGAAAGCUGAGGAGAUCAAGAAAGCUCUUGAAGCCUUUGCAGGAGAAACAUUUGACCCUAAAAAGUUCUUUGAAUUGGUGGGAAUGAGGGCCAUGACAGCUGAAAACGUCAAGAAGGUCUUCAAGGUUCUGGAUGUGGACGGUAGCGGCUUCAUAGAGGAGGAGGAGCUAAAGUAUGUACUGAAGGGCUUUUCCAAAGAGGGCAGAGAUCUGACUGACUCUGAGACAUCAGCAUUCCUUAAAGCUGCAGACAAAGAUGGAGAUGGCAAGAUCGGCAUUGAUGAGUUUGAGGCCAUGGUGCAUGAGUAGGGGAAAGCCGAACACCCCCUUAUUCUUCCUCCUCCUCUUCGUCCUGCAUUCAUAUUUUGUUACUGCCACCUUCAAACUCCUUGCACUUUCCACGGGACCCUACACAUGGAGUCAGACCAGGCCCACUAACUACAAAACACUGCGGGCCGACAGGAAGUUACCAUGAGGAGAAAACAGGCAUAACAGGCACCGGUGUCAUUUUUGAUUUUUCAUUUUUUAUGUAUAUUUAAUCGCACAUGCUGUAUGGGUUUCAGAAUCAUUCUCAAUGAUUUCAUGAAGAUAGUUUGUGGUCUGAAAACAGGUGGUGCUAGUGCUGUAGAUGGUGUAGAUGUUAUAAAGACUUCUUAAAUCUUAAUUUCCUUCCUCUGUGUAUUUCAGGUAGUGCAUCUUGUCUGAUUGGUUUUACUUCUAGAUGUUCACA